AUGGCGUUUCUAGGGAUAUCCGGUGUUUCACGAGGGUUAUUACAAUCAUCUGUUACUACACAUUACAUCAAUCCUUUGCCUAAGCAUCCUCUAAGGGAUCAUAAAUACGAAGUAUGGAGUAAAGGAACUGAACUGCAUCCGGAGAACUACAGAUAUGUUGCUGGAAUGUCUUCGUCAUUGGUUAUGGAGGUACAUCCUAAGAAGGAUGACAAAGAGAAGAGUAGUGUUGUUGUGGAGGAAGCUUCUUGGAUAGAUUUGUAUUUGCCAGAAGAAGCUAGAGGUUACGCUAAACUUGCUCGACUGGAUAAACCCAUUGGAACUUGGUUGCUUGCUUGGCCUUGUAUGUGGUCAAUUGCGUUGGCUGCUGAUCCAGGAAGCCUUCCAAGUUUUGAAAUGAUGGCUUUAUUCGGUUGUAAAGCACUACUCUUCAGAGGUGCUGGUUGUACUAUAAACGAUAUGUUUGAUCGGGACAUUGAUACAAAGGUUGAACGUACAAGACUAAGACCUAUAGCCAGUGGUCUUUUGACACCAUUACAAGGGCUUCAGUUUCUUGGGCUACAAUUAGCUUUAGGCUUAGGGAUUCUUCUCCAACUUAACAACUACAGCCGUGUAUUAGGGGCUUUAUCUUUGUUACUAGUCUUCUCCUACCCACUUAUGAAGAGGUUUACAUUUUGGCCUCAAGCAUUUUUAGGUUUUACCAUAAACUGGGGAGCACUGUUAGGAUGGGCUGCAGUUAAAGGAAGCUUAGAACCAGCAGUUGUAGUCCCUCUUUAUCUCUCAGGAGUCUGCUGGACCCUUGUUUAUGAUACUAUUUAUGCACAUCAGGACAAAGAAGAUGAUGUGAAGGUUGGUGUUAAGUCAACAGCUCUUAGAUUCGGUGAUAAUACAAAGCUUUGGCUUACUGGAUUUGGCACAGCAUCCAUGGGGUUGCUUGCGCUUUCUGGACUGAGUGCAGAUCUUGGGUGGCAAUAUUACGCAUCACUGGUGGCUGCAUCAGGACAGUUAGGAUGGCAAAUAGGGACAGCUGACUUUUCAUCUCGUGCUGACUGCAGUAGCAAAUUUGUGUCGAACAAGUGGUUUGGUGCUAUUAUAUUUAGUGGAGUAUUACUUGGAAGAACUUUUCAAUAG